AUGGAGGAGAACAACACACGCCGGUGCUGGAGUGAGCGUGAGAGGCGGAAAGGAGCGGACACCCGGCGGCCCCUGCGUGUUCUCCGGUACCGGAUCCGUGUAUCUGUGCGCCCGGCGAACAACAAACGACUGCGCGUGGACCUUCAGAGGACCUACACAUUCCGCAACUCCAAGCAGACGUACACCGGCAUCCCUGUCAUCGCCGCCAACAUGGACACCACAGGGACGUUUGAGAUGGCGCAGGUCCUCAGCCAACACACCCUCUUCACAACCAUUCACAAACACUACUCCGUAGAGGAAUGGAAGAACUUUGCUGCUGCUCAUCCAGAAUGCAUGGAGCAUUUAGCGGCCAGCUCCGGCAGCAGCAACAUAGACCUGGAGAAGCUGUGUGCCAUCGUGGAAGCCGUCCCCACCCUCAAGUACAUCUGUCUGGACGUGGCCAACGGCUACUCCGAGUACUUUGUGGAGUUUGUGAAGACGGUCAGAGGGAAGUUCCCCAAACACACCAUCAUGGCCGGUAACGUGGUAACAGGGGAGAUGGUGGAGGAGCUCAUCCUCUCCGGGGCCGACAUCAUCAAAGUGGGCAUCGGGCCAGGUUCUGUGUGCACGACGAGGAUCAAGACCGGAGUGGGUUACCCACAGCUCAGUGCUGUCAUAGAGUGUGCAGACUCAGCCCAUGGACUGAAAGGACACAUCAUCUCUGUAAGUACAAAAACCAAGUAUUAUUGGGCCGGGGCCGACUUUGUGAUGAUGGGGGGAAUGCUCGCCGGCCACGACCAGUGCAACGGGGAGGUCAUCGAGAAGAAUGGCAAGAAGUACAAACUCUUCUACGGCAUGAGCUCCGACACGGCCAUGAAGAAGUACGUGGGCGGGGUCGCUGAGUACAGGGCAUCUGAGGGGAGGACGGUGGAGGUGCCGUACAGGGGAGACGUGGAGAACACCAUCCGUGAUGUGCUGGGGGGGCUGCGCUCCACCUGCACCUACGUGGGCGCCGCCAAGCUGAAAGAGCUCAGCAGGAGAACCACCUUCAUCCGUGUCACACAACAGUCAAGCCACAUGUUCACUUAG